AUGCGUCUCCCGGACUACAAGGGCAAAUUUCCUGUUGGUGUCACUACGCUUACAAAACCGAUUCGACCAAGUCGUGUGUGCGGCAGCGCUCGCUUCAAUGGACGGCCUGCACUUAAAUUAGAAGAGAUAGCAUACAGUGUGUAUUAUCCUACCACCGACGACCGGCCCCAUGGAAAUCGGGGUGUUAACUGGCUCCCUCGACCGUUGCACAUCGCGACUGCUGGCUGGGCAAAGUUUGCUUCCAGGUCUUACUGGUUAUUAUGGCCAUUGGUAUACUUAUUUGCACGAUUCAUUAAACUUCCUGCGUACGCAGAUGCACCACUAAGACCACAGAUCGAAUCUCCGACGUCACGCGAGACCGAUUCCUCUGCUGAGACACUUACAAACUCGACCGCUAAAUGGCCAUUAGUUAUAUUCUCGCAUGGUUUGGCUGGUGGGCGCUUCACGUACAGUGACUAUUGCGGACGGCUUGCUUCUCAGGGAAUGGUUGUUAUCGCACUGGAGCACCGGGAUGGAAGUGGACCCUCGGUAAUGCCCACAGAUGAAGAGACAGGAAAGCCAAUUCCAAAGCUCUACUUUCAAAAUGACGAUAUUAGCUGGGAAGAGCAGCCAAAGGGGAAGCUACCUCUCCGAGUAGAGCAACUGAAAUUUAGGAUUCGAGAAGUUUACGAAUCAUAUGAAUCAUUCAAACACAUUGUUCAAGGGAACCGGGGCGAUACAGUAUCGAUGGAUAAUUUCUCGGGUUGGGACAGCUUCAAGGAUCAAGUUGAUUUUUCAAAAAUUCUAUUGACAGGCCACUCAUUUGGGGGAGCUACAUCACUUUCUCUUUUAUCUAGUCCCCCACCCGAAGGCCACAACCAACUUCCUAUCGACAAGGUCGUUUUGCUUGACCCUUGGAUGGACCCACUUCCCCUCCCCGGCACACUUCCCGUUGCUUACGAAACUCGGCCUCCAUUACUGAUUAUGAAUAGCGAGGGAUUCACCCUAUGGAAGGAGCAUUUCGAAGUGCUACAGCAAGUAGUAUUUGAUUGGAGAAAAUCAGGAGGUGACGAAUGCGCUAGUCUAGUUACAAUAGUUCGCUCACAGCAUCAUUAUUAUUCGGAUUUCGGCGCAUUUAUGCCUUUCGGCAAAGCCCGAGAACUGGGACUUCUCGUACUAGAUAUAGCUCACAAACUAACCAUGGCUUAUAACAACGGAUCACUUGCGUCUGAACUCAAGGGGAAGAGAUCCAUGGAAAUCAAGCCUAUUCCUGGUAAAGACAAGUACGGAGAAAGCAAGCGGGAAAUAGUUGGGCAACCUGGAGAAGUUAUCAUUCACUAA